AUGACAGUGAAGAAAUCUUCUUUCAGAAGUCUUGCGGAUCAGCUUGCUGAUUUAGAGGAUCCUACACCGAAAGAUUUUGACCCCGAGGAUCCAGAUAACGGACUCGAAAAUAGCGAAGACGAGUCCGGGUCUGAGGCCGAUGAGGACGCUGGACGUGAGCACUAUGAGAAAGUCGGCAAGAGCAAACUUCGAAAACCGGAAACUGUUACACUCGGGAAAGAAUAUGCUGGAUCACGUGUAAGUAGAGACGCUUUGGAGAGCGACGGUGACGGCGAAAAUCCUUUUCAACGAGACCUUGACGAGGACGAAGAGGACGAAUCGGAAGAAUCCGAUGAAAAAGAGGUUGAGGAAAUAAGUGGAUCAGAAGAGGAGGAGGAGUAUGACGACGGCGAGGAUGAGGAUGAGGAUGAGGACGAUAUCGAGGACGAUAUCGAGGACGACGAUGAAUCAGAAGUCAAGGAGACGAAUAAGGAUUCAUUGUCAGAUGAACGUGCGGAAUUGAGACGGUUGAUGGCCACCGACCAAAAAUCAGUCGCUGCAGCAAUUUCCCAAGCAGCAAAAGCCGACGCAGCCAAAGGUUUUGCUGUCAAGCAACAACGCGUCGCCUUUGAUGCUUUGUUAAAUGCCAGAAUUAAACUACAGAAAGGCUUCACUGCUAUCAUCAACUCGUCCGAUAUAUCAUGGGAAACCGAGGAAGAAAACACCGACGCUAUAAAAUCGGCAGAAUCAGCUGCCUUGGCUCUGUGGUCAACGUUGGAAGCGUUGCGAUUAACUCUUGCGAAUGUCCAGACAAAGGAUAGUUCAAAAAAGCGCAAGCGACCAGGCCCAGUCACCAAUACUACCUCUACCGAGUCCCUGUGGCAGCGUAUGCAGGAUUUGGAAUCUGAUUCUCAGGCCCAUCGUCGAGCCGUCCUCGAAAAAUGGAACCACAAAGUUCGCGGCACGAAUACUAGCCUCCCCAAUGCGAAAGGCAAACUCCUUGCGAACUCUGACAACUCCAUUACUGCCGUGCUUGAGGCUCAUGUUGCUACGGAGCUGGGCGAAAAAACCACCAAGAAACAGCGCACUGGCGAAUCAUCUGACUCUAUCUACGAUGACACAGUCUUCUAUCAAACCCUUCUACGGGACUUGGUAGAGCAGCGAAUGUCUUCUUCAGAUGCCGUUACCAAUGGGCUCGACUCUCUACAUUUACAAAUUCCCACACAUCCCACUUCCGGCAUGCGGAAGGACAAGGCCCGCAAGGAUGUCGACACCAAGGCGUCCAAAGGUCGGAAAAUGCGGUACAAUGUCCAUGAGAAGCUUCAGAAUUUCAUGGCACCGGAAGAUCGUAGCACCUGGAGCGAUAGAGCACGAGACGAGUUCUUUGCUUCCUUGCUCGGCAAGACUGCUAGCGGUUUGCUCGGAGAAGCGGAUGGAGAUGAAGAAAUGAAUGGUGUCAAUGGGACAGCGUCAGAUGAGGAGGAUCUGGAGGAAGGUGGUCUGAAGCUGUUUAGAAGUUGA